GUUUAGUAAUAUUUUCAAUGUCUUUGUUCGACAAUAAGAACUGUUCUCGUUUUAUCGUAUUCGUUUCAAUAAUACGAAAACGGAGUUAAUAGCGGCAAUCAAUCCUCUUGUGUUCGAGAAAGAACAAACGUGCAACGAUAAUCAGUUAGGUACUCGGGAGAGAGAACCUUCCUCUCGGUCCUGGACACGUCGAGGAGGAAGAGGAGACGGAGGCGAACUGCCAAAGAGAUGCGCGAGUUCAAGGUAGUCGUCCUCGGUUCGGGCGGGGUAGGCAAGAGUGCACUUACCGUGCAAUUUGUUUCGGGAUGUUUUAUGGAGAAAUACGAUCCAACGAUCGAAGACUUUUAUCGAAAAGAAAUCGAAGUGGACAAUUCACCGUGUGUACUCGAAAUUCUUGAUACUGCCGGUACUGAACAAUUCGCGAGUAUGCGCGAUCUUUAUAUAAAGAACGGCCAAGGCUUCGUCGUAGUUUAUAGUCUGACAAAUCAUCAGACUUUCCAAGAUAUCAAAGCAAUGAAGGAAUUGAUAACACGCGUCAAAGGUACUGAAAGAGUACCGGUAUUACUUGUCGCAAACAAGCUAGACCUCGAACAUCAACGUGAAGUGGAUACUGCUGAAGGUAACGCUUUAGCACAACUUUGGGGCUGUCCAUUUGUUGAAGCAUCUGCAAAACAUCGCACAAACGUCAACGAUGUAUUUGCGGAAAUUGUACGUGAGAUGAACGUCAGCCCGGAGAAAGAGAAAAAAAGCUACUGUUGUUGCAGCAUCCUCUAAUAAUUAAUCAAAAUCUUGAACCAGGCUAAUCAAGCCAUGUUAGGUAAAAGAAAUGCAUAUAGUGGCUGAUCGCAGUACACUAGAUGAAAUUUAAUAUUCAUCUGGUGGCUACGCUCUCUUUCUUAGGCUCAAUAUUGGGCUUGUGCUGUGAAUUCGCCAAUCUGUAAGACUAAUAUUAUGAUCAUACCCAGGAUUUUUGUGAAUUCAAAUAUGUCAAAGACUCAUGCCGUCUCUUGGUUCUUUUUCUAUUGGAAAAUCACAGCCUGCUGUUUGGCUAGCUGUUAAAUAUUUUAAUAUACAUGGAUAGUAUUAUGUGUAAUAUUAUUGUAAUAUAUAAUAGUAGUUAUAAGUGAGCAAUGAAAGAGGUAACUCCGUCAGCAAAGGACCAAUACUCGCGAGACAAAGAAUGAAAAAAAAAGAAUAGCAAAAUGGAAUAGGAAAGGAUACAGAUAUUGUCAAGGGUGAUAACAGAACUGCCCUGUGGUAGUUGUUAUUUGUUAACAGCGAUAUCAAACUCAAUAUGUCUAGCUUUCUGCUCAAUCUGAAAAAAGCACCCGUUGCAUAUUUGUUCCAGUCCAUGAACCUCUAUUACUCACAGGUUAGAUGAUGAUUAACAAAACAUCAAAACAAAUUAUUUGCAGAUAUUGAAGGAAUCACUGUGGUGGUCAGCCAUUUUCAAAUAGUGAAAAGAAUUUAAAUUUAAAACAUCUAAGUAUAUAUACUGUUUACCAUGUACAGAAUUGGGAAGAAGAUAGAUUGUCUUAGAUACAUUGUGCAAUGAUUUCUAUUAAUGAUAUAUUAUCUAUGCUCAAUUGUCAGAGGCUGCAGUAAAGAAUACAUUUUAUAAAGGACUCGAAUGGUGUGUCGUUAAUGGUAUUGGUAUUGAUUGUACAGUUUUAAUAAUAUAAAUACAUUUUAUUAAGAUGAAUAACUAAAAAUAGUCACUUUAAUUGGUAGAAUUUUAUAUUUGAGACUAGAAUAUUUAAAUAGUUGUUUUUUUCAUGAAUUUAAUAAUAUGAUUCCAUUGCAUACUACAUAUUAUUUGUAUGUAUUUUUAUUUCAAUAAGAAUUAUCUUGAGAAUUCAACGUGUAAUAUUUAAUAUUUUAAUCAAUCACGGCAUAAUGAUAAAAAACAUAAGAAAUAAAGAAGAAAGGAGAUUGUAAUAAUAUUUAUAAAAGAAUGUUAAUGCAUAACGUCAAUCAUAAACAUAAUUAUAGAAUUUAUAUGGUAAAAUAUAAAAACAAAAAUACAAGAUCUUUGUAUAAAAAGUUUUAUAACCAAUUUUAAACAAAACCAGCAAGAGAAGGUGAAACUUUGAAAUAUAUAUUUUUGUUUUGCAAAGGCUUGCUGGUACAUUGAUCCCUUCAACUGCAAAAUACAUAUGUGGUAUUCAUAAUAAUCUACAAUAUAUCCAUUGCUUUAUAUAAACAAAAAAAUCUCCUUUCGAAAUUCAUUAUCAUUGAGUUUAUGAAUGUAAAUGAAUAGAUAUAAUAAAAAAAAAAGAAAAAAAAAAGAAGCAAUGGACUCCCUUAUAAGUAGUAGUAGGUCGUGUGUAACUUUUCUCGUGUGAUCAAAAAUCAUAUUAUCCGAUGUUAAAUAUCGCUUUUAUACCAUAACAGUCAUUAUAUUAACUCGAUAUAUUAUUAUUUAACGCCACCAUCGAAGUCAUUAAUUUUUGUGUAAUCGCCGCACAACGUACCUUAACAAAAAUGAGGGUUGCUCGAUCAAUUAUCUUUUCUUUUUUUUUUUAUUUUUAUUAUUAUAAAUUUUAUCGAAGGAUUUCAAUCCCAAUUUCAUAAAAAAAGAACAAAACGUGUAUUUAUAGUUUGUAUAAUAUCUACUUAUUCGCGUCUCAAUUAUCCGUCUUUCGGAUCGAUUACGAAUGUUAAAUUGUACACGACCGAUAACACUUCCUAGUUUGAACUAUCAAAGGACUAUAACGUCGAACUGAAAAAUUUCAAAUGAACUGAUGUACAGUAUUUCUAUCAUUGGUAGUUAAGUGAAAAAAAAAAAAAGAGUCUAACGAUAGAAUUUUUGGGAAGAGUUAUCGAUCGUACACUUAAUUCGUUCUUUCCAAUUGUCGGUGCACUUUUAGAAAUGUCAUUUCGCAGCGAAUGUGCGAGGUUGAAUGUUUUUCUUUAUGACGUCACAAAGCAUUUAGCUUUGUAUAUAUGAUUUCUUUAAAAAUUUGUUUUUAAUUUUCAAGUCUUAGAUUAAAUUUAAUUAUAUUAAUUAGAUAAUUUAUUUCUAUUUUUAUUUUUUAGUCUCAUUCCAAAAUAUCAUUAUUUGUAAUCUUAUUUUUACAAACAAAAUUAUAUACACGAUAUAUACAUGAUAUGUUAGAAUAAGACUUGAAUGUAAAAAAAAAAAAAAAAAGAGAGAGAGAGAGAAUUCGAAAUAAUCUCGCAUAUUCGUCUAAUAAAGGGUGCUAAUACGUUUCGUCAGUUUAAGAUUGAUGAAGCGUAUAUUACCGACGUAGCGAAUCGGUCAUCCAUAUUUCGUUACUGUACUCGAGUGUAUAAACAGGCAAAGAACAAAAAGAAAAGGAAAAAGCAUGGAGGGCAACAGAUAUAAUUACUCGUAUCCUGUAUUUUAUCACUUGGAAAAUUCAUAGUCUCGCUGUGAUCCCGUAGAUUAUAACCGCAGUUUUUCUAUUAAAAGAUGAUGAUAAUGACCGCGUAUAGAAGCCUUUCAACGGCGAAUCAAAGGGCCUCUUUGUGAAAUGUGUAAUCGCUCUCGCUCCUUUAUUAUCGUUACGUUUUUUUUCGCCCUCCUGAGUUUUUUGUGCUUUGCGAAAACCAUAGAUUGACAAAAAGGCAAAAAGAAAAAAAAAAGAAAAAAAAAAGAAAAAGAAAAAAAGAAAACAAAGGAAAGAAAG